AUGGCGUCGACGGGAUCCCAACCCGCCGUUAACGGCGGCGAAGACAUACCGAAGGUUGCACUGAUCGCCGGAAUCACUGGCCAAGACGGCUCUUACCUAACUGAGCUUCUUCUCGAGAAAGGAUAUGAAGUCCACGGCCUUAUCCGUCGUUCUUCCAACUUCAAUACACAACGGAUCAAUCAUAUCUAUAUCGAUCCACACAACGCCCAUAAGGCUCGUAUGAAGCUCCACUAUGCCGACCUCACUGACGCCUCCUCCCUCCGCCGUUGGAUCGACACUAUCUCCCCUGACGAGAUCUACAACCUCGCCGCACAGUCACACGUGGCGGUGUCGUUUGAGAUCCCUGAUUAUACUGCCGAUGUCGUCGCAACGGGAGCUUUACGGCUUCUUGAAGCCCUAAGAUCUCAUAUCACCACCACUGGUCGGACACAUGUCAGGUAUUAUCAGGCCGGAUCGUCGGAGAUGUUCGGAUCUACUCCUCCUCCGCAGUCGGAAAAUACUCCGUUUCAUCCUAGAUCGCCUUAUGCUGUUUCCAAAUGCGCUGCUCAUUGGUAUACAGUCAAUUACAGAGAAGCAUACGGGAUCUUUGCCUGCAAUGGCGUUCUCUUCAACCACGAAUCUCCACGGAGAGGUGAAAACUUCGUGACACGGAAGAUCACUCGAGCGGUAGGUAGGAUCAAGGUGGGGCUACAGAGCAAGCUGUUUUUAGGGAACUUACAGGCGUCAAGAGACUGGGGAUUCGCUGGGGACUACGUUGAGGCAAUGUGGCUGAUGCUACAGCAGGAGAAGCCAGACGACUAUGUGGUGGCGACGGAGGAGUCGCACACGGUGGAGGAGUUUCUGGAGAAGGCAUUCGGGUACGUUGGUUUGAAUUGGAAAGAUCAUGUGGUGAUCGAUAAAAGGUAUUUCAGGCCAACAGAAGUGGAUAAUUUGAAAGGGGAUUCAAGCAAAGCGAGGAAAGUUCUUGGAUGGAGACCAAAAGUAGGGUUUGAACAAUUGGUGAAGAUGAUGGUUGAUGAAGAUAUUGAGUUGGCAAAGAGGGAAAAAGUUCUGGUUGAUGCUGGAUAUAUGGAUGCUCAACAACAGCCCUGAUCAUCAUCUGCUGUACGCCAUCUCUAAUCUCUGCUACUUCUUGUUUCAUUUGAAUUGUUUUUAAUCCAAAGUCCUGAAAUCAAUCCAUGGUUUUUGGUUAAUGGGUUUGUGGGCAUAUAAUGUUGUUAAAAAGCAGUGAAAGUAGGAUUACCUAAAAAUAGAUUUACAGUUUUACUUGUGUGAUCAUACAAACAUAUUUAUUUAUAACAUCUCUUAUAAUGCAAUGACAUAAAUCUUU